AGUGGAGAAUCUGCCCUCUGGCCACACUGCUGGGGCUGGGGCUAAGUUUCUGUCCAAGCCGCGCUUGGCUACUUUGGGCACUGGAGAGCCACAACAGGAUCCUGAACAGAACUGAUCCCGGUGGCGACCUCUAACACGAAGUGGAGUGUGAGGGGAGACAGUGCAGCUCCUCUCAGCUUCAGCCUCCACCUCGGCAUGGCCUCCGCUGGUCUGCAAAUCCUGGGCAUCAUCCUGACACUGCUUGGCUGGGUGAAUGCCCUGGUGUCCUGCGCCCUGCCCCUGUGGAAGGUGACCGCCUUCAUCGGCAACAGCAUCGUGGUGGCCCAGGUGGUGUGGGAGGGGCUCUGGAUGUCCUGCGUGGUGCAGAGCACGGGCCAGAUGCAGUGCAAGGUGUACGACUCACUGCUGGCGCUGCCCCAGGACCUGCAGGCGGCCCGUGCCCUCUGCAUCAUCGCCCUCCUCGUGGCUGUGCUCGGCCUGCUGGUCUACCUGGCCGGGGCCAAGUGCACCACCUGCGUGGAGGACAAGGACUCCAAGGCACGUCUGGUGCUUGCCUCUGGGAUCAUCUUUGCCAUCUCAGCAGUCCUGACCCUGAUCCCCAUCUGCUGGACAGCCCACACCAUUAUCCGGGACUUCUACAACCCCCUGGUGGCCGAGGCUCAAAAGCGGGAGCUAGGAGCCUCCCUCUACCUGGGCUGGGCAGGCUCUGGCCUUCUGCUGCUGGGUGGGGGGCUGCUGUGCUGCACCUGCCCCUCUGGGGGGUCCCGGGGCCCCAGCCAUUACAUGGCCCGAUACUCAGCGUCCAUCCCACAUGCCACCUCUGGGGGUCCCUCUGAGUACCCUACUAAGAAUUAUGUCUAAUUCGGGAGGGCAGUGGGGGCUCCUUUGACAGUGGAAGCUAACCCGGAGCUGGAGUCAUCAAGAGGGUGAUCCAUGACAGCUUUGAGGUUAUUUUUAUCUUGUUUUUGCUUUUAAUUUUUUUGGGCGUGGUAUUUUUUAAGUCUAUUUGAUAACCCAGCCAAGAAGAAACUCAGACUCCCCCUGGCCUCUGCUGCUGGUGUUUCUCACCUUUGGAUGAUGGAGCCAAAGAGAUGGUGCUUCAGAGUUUCUGGAUCAUUCUCCACCCUGGACAUCCCCAUCUGGGAGGCCAACCUGGAGCUGCGGGCUCAGUGGGAAGGCUGCGUGCUGUCCGGGUGCUGUCAGCCUGUCCCCAAGAGUUCCUGCAGCUGCUGGGGCAGGGCCUCUCAGGCUUGCAGGGACAAGCCCUGUCUUGCUAGUCAGGCCUCUAGAACCCCCAGAGGCUCUUGAGCCUCAGGUAGCCUGUAGAAGAGCAGGUGUAAAGUUUCCAAGGAACCACCCACCUCCAUGUCUUCUGACCUCGGGCUCCUCCAUCCUGAGCCGUGUCCCAGCUGUGCAGUGGACCUCUGACCCUCUCACCUCUAGCCCCUGCACACUCUGCCAUGCCCUGCCCACACUCACCACUUUUUACUAAAUAAAGCACGUUUUGUUGUGUUC